UGUGAAUCUCUCAGUGUUUUUUUUUUCUUUUUUUUAAUAAAAUUCUCUUACAUUACCCCAAUUCAAGCAAAAACAGCAUUUGAUACCCUUUCAAUCGAGUGUACCAUCUCUUCCCUUAUAUAUCUGGUUUAGGUUUACAGUGAUGAUGUAAAUUCCCCACCGAAGAAUUUGAUUCUUCUUUUGUACUCUUUCGAAAGCAACCACAAUCUUGGAGUAUCUCAAACAGGGUUUGUCUCCAUAACAUUCUUGCUCCUCUGUCUCAAUUUCCUUCAUAUUUAAAAUUCCACAUACUUUCUCUCAUAAGCUUACAACUACAUUCAUCUUUGAAAGGCCAAAUCUUUUCUUUUUUUUGCUCCUCUCCCUCUUUCAAGAGAUUGGUUAUGAGAUAGUGACUUUGCUCUCUCUCACACUCUUAAAAGCGAAUCUACUUUUUUUUUUCUCUUUUCUUUUUCUCUCUCCCUGGUUAAGCUCUUGUGAGCUGUAACUUAGCUAAAUCCGUUGCUUGUUACCACUUUAUGCUCUGAAAGUUCUCAGCUUUCUUUGUCUAUGAUAAGUCUAUUUUGUUCUCUUUAAUUAUUUUUCUUCCCUUGACUUGAGAGUACGAAUAAGCAUUUAUCCUAGGGUUCUCUCUCCAUACCUUCUCCUUCUCUUUCCUAAAAGAACCUGUGACUUGCUUCUGCUACAUUUAGAUUUGAUGCUCUGUUGAUUUGGUUUUUAUCUUUUUUUUUAAAAAUAAAAAUUUCAUAUCUUCCUCUAUAUUUUUCCCCACUGUAUAAAAAUCUGCAAACUGGUUUGCUUCAGUUGUUUCCUUGCCAAAGUAGCAAAACCAGGUUUUGAAAUUGGAAAUUACUUUUCUUUAGAGGGUUCUUGUUUGGUUGUUGUUGAAUCAGAAGAAUGGGUGGUGAGAGUAAUGAAGGAGAGAUGGGUUUUAAGCAUGGAGAUGAUGAGAGUGGGAUCUCAAGAGUUGGAAUUACGCCAAUGCCCUUGUAUGCAAAGGCAGAUCCUUUCUUCUCUUCUGCAGAUUGGGAUCCAGUUGUCAAUGGUGCUGGCGGCUUCUCUAGCUCUCAUUACCCUUCAAUGGCGAUGGAUAAUCCAGGGAUGAGUUGCUUCUCUCAUUACCAACCCGGUUCGGGUUCGGGUUAUGCUGCAGAGAUGCCUCCGAGUCUUCUUCCGUUUGGUGAUUGUGGUGGUGGUCAAAUUGGUCAUUUUCUUGGUUCAGACAAGAAAGGGGAAAGUGUUGGAAGAUUGAUCAGAGCUGGAGAGUCUCAUCAUGAGGAUCAUCAUCAGGUUUCAGAUGAUGGUGUUCUUGGUGCUUCCCCAAUUGGGAAAAGAAGGCUACCUGAAGCCGAAUCACAAUGGAACAAGAAAGCUGUGGAGGAAUUUCAAGAAGACCCUCAAAGGGGAAGUGAUCAGAGCCAGAAGAAACACAAAAAUGAUCAGAGUAAAGAGACUGUGAACAAAGAGAGCUCACAGAGCGAAGAAGCUCCGAAAGAAAACUACAUUCAUAUGAGGGCAAGAAGAGGUCAAGCCACUAAUAGUCACAGUCUUGCAGAAAGGGUUAGAAGAGAAAAAAUCAGUGAAAGGAUGAGAUUGCUUCAAGAGCUUGUUCCCGGAUGCAACAAGAUCACCGGUAAAGCAGUUAUGCUCGAUGAAAUCAUCAACUAUGUUCAGUCAUUGCAACAACAAGUUGAGUUUUUGUCUAUGAAACUUGCAACGGUGAAUCCAGAAAUCAACGUUGAUAUAGACAGGAUUCUUGCCAAAGAUCUUUUGCAGUCCAGAGACAGGAACACUCCUACACUUGGGCUGAAUCCUUUUACCGGUUUUCAAGGGACCAUACCGAACCUUUCUACCACCACAAAUCCACAAUACAACUCAUUACCUCAGACAACACUAGAGAGUGAACUACAAAACCUUUACCAGAUGGGGUUCGUCUCAAAUCCAUCGACUAUGUCCAGCUUCUCACCGAAUGGUCGAUUGAAACCAGAGCUCUAGAAGUUGAAGGAAAACUUGCAGGGAGUUUGUAUAGAAGAUGGCUUUGGUUCUAAGUAUCAUAUUGUGUUUCUUCCGUUCCAUAUUAUUAUUAUUUUUCUAAAGCAGAAGGAUUUGGAUUCUCAGUUGUUGUUGUUUUAUUUUCUCAACGAAGAAUGCAUUUAUUAAAUAUGGAAAUCAGAAAAGCAUUGUUUUAUCCAA